AUGGUCACGGCUGUUAGAGGCACCCUGAUCCAGGUCGACCCGCCCAUCAAGGCCAUCAUCGUCAAGAUCGACGCCGAGGAGAACCAUGCUUUUAUCAUCGAGGACCUGGACGACAACACCUUGUUCGUCAAGGAGAGCGCGCUGCCCAGGCUCAAGCAGCUGCUCGAACAGGGGUCAGUUCCGAUUUCUGGUGCACCUGGGCCCGGCCCGUCUCCCGGGCCGCCUACGUUGUGGGAAGUGAAGACCAUCAGCCAAGCGCAAGCGCCAGACGAGGUACCAAACGAGGCGCCAGAUGAGGCACUAGAUGAGGCAUCAGAGCAGGCACUAAACGAGGAACUUGGUGAGGCUAUAGAUUUGAUGGCAGACGACCUCCUGGAUGACAUACACGGCCUCAUGGAUUCGAUCGCAGAGAAGAUGGCAACCAUGGAUGACAUGGCGGAUCAGGUCCCGGACUGGCUUCUAGAUGACCAGGUCUGGAAGCCUUUACAGUUUGUCAAACGUCGGCUUGAGGAUAUUAAGAGAACGCUCGGGAUUAUGCCCUGA